AUGAGUUCAGAACUUUAUAGAUUACCAAUACUACAAAAGAGCAUAGAGGAUAAUUCUAACAACACAACCAGAUUCUUAAUUUUGGGUUAUUCACAACCUCCUAAUGAUGACAAUAAUUCAACUUCCAAAAAGGUUUCUUCAAUCAUGUUUAGAUUAAAUCACGAUGAUCCAGGGGCAUUAUGUGAUGUUUUAGUUAAAUUCAAAGAAUACGGAAUCACGUUAACAUCGAUCAAUUCUAGACCAGCUAAUUUACAACCAUGGCAAUAUGUUUUCUUCGUUGAGAUGAUUGGUGAUAUCCAUGAAGGCAAACUUGUUGAAGAGAUCAAAGAGUCGUGUUUAGAUUUAGUUAUUUUAGGUACAUUCAAAAGAAGUUGGAGAUACGAUAACACUAACUAG